GCUGGGAGGGGGAGCGCACCUCUUGCACGGAAGAGAGAGGCAGGCGGCCAUUGAGGGCUGCACUGCAUUAUAAGCCAUGGUAGAACUGGCGCUGCUGACUCUAUGGUGCAGCUCACUCGGCGCCAGAAAUACGUCGCUCUGGUACUCCUUUCCUCUCUAUGGGCACUCGAAGCGGAACUACUCGUCCCGGAAGCGGAAGUGUUUUGGGGACUCCCUGCGGCGUUGCUGGGGCGACCGUUACCGUUGGCUCUCUCGAGGUGGAGGGCUUUGGCCUUCUCGCCACCGCGUGGAAGAUGCCGUCGGAGCGGUUCCGCAGCGAGACCUUGGAGGCCCUGCGGAAGAGCCGCAAAGGGCAGCUCAGCUACUGCCGAGACUGGAGUCCUCUGGGCGAGGACAUCUUAGAAGGUUAUAAAGCCCUUCCAGAGCUGUCUCCCUUCUCUGGCUGGGUGCUUGAAAGAGUGAUCUCCCAUUCUUCAAAGGAAAGUUCGCUUUCCACAAGCCUAGAACAUGACGAAUCCACUCCUCUCACACCCGGGUUGUCGCCCUGUGCGGACGCUCCUGCCUCCAACCAACUGCUCUCCUCUACACCACUUUCCAAAGCUCCAAGUGAGAUGCAGGGCCACCAGAAAUGGACAACUCCGGAGACUGGUGAAGAAACCUGUACCCGACCUCCACUUUCAAAAGGCACCGAGGUAGAUGGUCUUAUCAGGAUUCAUGAGGAAACCCAGAGGCUGAAAGGAAAGGAAGAGCUCAGUCAGCGCCUGGAGCUGCAGGAGCAGGUGGUGAAGGCGGCCUCCGAGGAGGCGAGCGAACUGCUGAAACGCUUUGAUGAGCUGAAGGAGUUGAAACGGCACCAGGAGUGUCAGCACCUUCAGCAAGCCCUGGAGAACAGUUCCAAAGAAGCCCAAGGGCAGCACGAGAAGUUGAAAGAGGAACAUCGGCUCCGAGCGAAGCUGGUGAACCGCAAACUCCGUGAGGCGGAGCAGCAGCGGCAGCGGCAGGAAGAGCUGCAGCGCCAGAUCAAGGAGGAGCACCAGGAACGGCUGCGCCGCCUCUACUCCAUCCAAGAAGAGGUCUUGCAGAUCAACCAGCAGAUCGGCCUCGGCCACAGGCAUAAAGACUUGCCCGGGGUCGACCUCUCGGCAUACAGCAACCGUGCCAAUCAGAUCUGCGGGGAAGUAUCCGGGCUUGUCCGCACAGCCAGUGAGCGAGGGUUCCCUGAACAAGCCGACACGGCCUCUGCCGAACACAUGCUGGUCGAAAUGCAGCAGCUCCUUUCGAACGUGCAGCAAGAGAUUGCUGUCGCCCUGCUGGAAAAGAAGCGGCUCGAGGAGGCGGCAGCGGCCGAGGCGGCAGCACGAGAGAGGGCCAAGGAGCAGCAGAAACAGGAGCUGGCCAAAGUUCAGCCUCCAGAUCCUGUGAAGCCCGUGGGAAGCAAGUCUCAGCGGAAUGGUCUUCAAGUAAAGGCAGAGGAGAAGACCAUGCAGUGGUACCAGCAGCUCCAGAAUGAGUGCGAACAGUGUGAGGCGUCCUUCAGCAGUUUGGCGGAAAGCAAAGAUGCUCAGGCAAAAAAAAUCAAAAUGGAUCUGCAGAAAGCAGCCACCACCCCCGUAAGCCAGAUUUCGACUAGGGCAGGUUCCCAGCUGAAAGAGAUAUUUGAGAAGAUCAACAGCUUCCUUGCGGGAAGGCCCAUGCGCUGUGGGGGCCGCAACGUGUCGUUCGCCCAGCACCCUCGAGGGCUGGAGUUUGUUUAUUUCAAGCUGGCGGAAAAGUUUGUGAAACAAGGCGAGGAGGAAGUCGCUUCCCAUCACGAGGCGGCGUUCCCGAUUGCGGUGGUGGCUUCAGGCAUCUGGGAGAUACACCCCAAGGUGGGAGACCUCAUUCUGGCUCACCUGCACAAGAAAUGUCCCUAUGCUGUCCCGUUCUACCCGGCACUGAAGGAGGGCACGCCCCUGGAGGAAUACCAGAGGAUCCUUGGGUACCAAGUGAUCGAUUCCAAAGUGGAGCAGCAGGAUAUCUUCCUGAAACGGAUGUCUGGGAUGAUCCGCCUGUAUGCCGCAAUCCUUCAGUUACAGUGGCCUUAUGGAAACAGGCAAGGGGCUCACCCGCAUGGCUUGAACCACGCCUGGCGCUGGCUGGCACAGAUGCUGAACAUGGAGCCUCUGGUGGAUGUGACGGCAACAAUUCUGUUUGAUUUCUUAGAGGUCUGUGGGCAUGCUCUCAUGAAGCAAUACCAGCUGCAGUUCUGGAAAAUGGUCCUGCUGAUCCGAGAAGAGUAUUUCCCAAGGAUUGAGGCAAUUACGAGCACUAGCGAAAUGGGCUCCCUCAUGAGAUUCAAGCGGUUCUUGGAGAAUUGUUUACAACGGAGGGAUAUCCCUUUACCGAAGGGUUUUUUGGAGCCGUCCUUCUGGAAGUCCUGACUUUGCUUCUCCCACGUGCACCUUCUUGGAAGCUCAAAGAACGCUUUGCGCUGGCUUGCCCUCUUUACGCUUGUUAUAGCUGGAUCCUGCAGAAUCCCAAACAGGAGAUGUCAUCCGCAGGACAGCUUGAUACCUUCUCCAAAUAGGCUUGCCGCUCUGAUAAGAUUUAGAAUCUCAACCUGCUUCUUACAUUUGCUGAAGAUCUGAAAAACCUUGCUCCAUUUCCUUUGUUCUCUAAGCCUUGUUUUAGAGGUAUUCUGGGCGGUUUUCCGAGCUGCAGUUUCCUGAAAUAGUGGGGUGGGCAUGGGAAACAUGUCUGAAUGUCUGCGAGGAAUGCAAGAGUUCACUAUUUGCACAAAGGAGCAGCGUCCCUCUGUCUUGAAUGCGAAGAUCAUCAUGUAAAGAAUCCAGCUGUAAACUAUUUUUACUGGUGUUCUCUAGGGAUGUGCCCGGAACCUCUCCUCCACGUUUUGGAGGUGGCGGGGGUGCUCCCUUAAGGGCGGGGGA